AUGUAUCAAAUACCUCGGAGACCUCAACCUCAUACUGGCACAAAAAACACAGAAAUUAGAUCAUUGGUAAAAAAUUACACCUCCAACUCAGAACUUCAAAACAUCAGCCUCUCCCAUCCGAAACUCCCCCCGUUUCCUCCUUGGACCUCAACCUCAGACUUCAUUGACCUAUCAAUCUACGAUCUCUUCUUUGGAAAAGCAAACACCCCAGAAACAGUAUACAGAAGCCUUUACCAAGAAAAAAUAAACCACCUCAACCAAUUUACUAAGAUCCUCACGGAUGGAUCAAUCUUUAAUGGAUCACGAGGAUGUGCUAUAAUAGUCAAUGACGACAUCUAUAGAUUUAAACUACCUAACUCCUUCUCUAUCUUUUCUUGUAAGGCCUUUGCUAUACUGGGAAGCCUCAACAUAACUGCACAACUCGACCUAGAUAACGUAGCAAUAUUUUCCGACUUAAAAUCGGUGAUCGAAGCAUUAAAAAACUUCAAUUCACCCGACAGCAUCAUUCAACAAUGCCAGUCCAAAAUAAUCAACCUAAACCUAUCAAAAAAAGUCAAAGUAAUCUGGAUCCCUUCCCACGAAGGAAUAACCGGCAACGAACUAGCGGAUAGAGAAGCUAAAGAAGCCACAACCUCUGGCAUUGACUUAACCCAUCAACUUCCUACUACAACAGCUGACUUCAAGAAGACAACCAAGAAACACAUCUACGACAAAUGGAACACUCGUUGGUCCAACGGCCUCUCACACCUACACAAAAGCCGAAAAAACAUAUACGAACCGAGACCACAUAAACAGAGAAGAAUGAACCAAUGCGCCAUCAUUAGACUAAGAAUCGGCCACACUAAAUUCUCCAACGGCCACCUUCUGACCAAAUCCACACCCAAAACAUGCCCAGCUUGCAAUGAACCAGCCUCGGUAAGUCAUGCCAUAGAGUCCUGUUCCGAACUCAACCAGCUGAGACUCCAAUAUAAAAUUCCGAACCAACUGCAAAACACACUCAACGAUGAACGUCACUGCUUACAACUGAUUAAGAUGCUGAAAUCACUUGAAUUAAAUUAUUAA